UUGUUUUCAAAUAUAAUAUAUAUAUAUAUAUAUGUUAAUAUAGUUAAUCCAAACAAUCCCAUUUGCGCUAACAUAAAAAUAGUUUAUCAUGGGAUGUCUUUGGUCGAAGCAGCAUGUUGGACAUGAAGACCCAACUGUUCUUGCUGCUCAAACUUGUUUCAAUGUCACUGAGAUUGAGAUUUUGUACGAGCUAUUUAGGAAGUUAAGCAGUUCUAUGGUUGAUGAUGGGGUUAUAAGCAAAGAAGAAUUUCAACUUGGAUUGCUAGGAAACAGCAAGAAACAAAGUCUUUUUGCAGACAGAAUCUUCCAAUUGUUUGAUACCAAACAUGACGGAGUUAUAGAAUUCGGAGAGUUUGUUCGAUGCCUGAGUAUCUUCCACCCAGAAGCACCCCAAGAAGAAAAGGCUGCAUUUUCAUUUCAACUAUAUGAUAUUUGGGAAACUGGCUUCAUUGAACACGAGGAGGUCAAGGAGAUGAUAUUGGCGCUUCUGAAAGAGUCAGACUUGAUCCUGUCUGAAGAUAUUGUUGAAUCAAUUAUUCAUAAGACAUUUCAGGAGGCAGAUUUAAAAGGAGAUGGAAAGAUUGAUAUGGAAGAAUGGAAAGAAUUAGUGGCUCACAAUCCUUCCUUAUUGAAGAACAUGACAAUACCUUAUUUGAAGGACCUGACAGCUGCAUUUCCCAGUUUUGUGCUGAGACCAGAUAUUGAAGAUAACUUUAGCAACUAAAUUUUGAAGGACAGUGAAAUGCAUCACCAAAACCAGGAAAGAUGAAAAUUCUAUAACAAGAUGUCAGUAUGAC